GCUUUGACUCUGUCAUGUUCAGUUUCUUCUUUAAUUUUUCAUUUCCCCCCCUAAGAAUUUGUAUAUUCUUGAUUGUUUGCCGUCUUGCUAUAACAAUUUAUAGGUUUACAAGGCUCAUCAUUCUUAGUUUCUCUAAUGUUUACUAUUUAUGCAUUGUGUGCUUAUUUUGCAUAAGACCAACAUUUUCUUGGAGUUAAUUCCUUGGAUUGUUAUCCAAGUUAUGAAAAUUAUUCUGUAAUUUUUGAGAUAGCAUGCCCAUAUUCGCCAUAAAAUUAAUUGCAGGAAUUCCACACAAUUUAUUUGACCCAUCUUAGGAUCCAUAUUUUUAAUCAUACGACCAGAUCCACAAACCCAAAUACUUAAAACCCACAUGUGACCCGGAUCCAGCAAAAAAUGGAAUUGCCUGCAAACUCGUCAGUAUUAGACCAUGAAGAGUGCUAGGAGAUCUGAUGUUGAUACAAUUAGCAACCUGCCAUGUAAUGUUGUGGAUGAAAUUCUAGGGUGCUUGCCUUUGAAAGAUGCAGUGAAGACCAGUAUCUUGUCAAAAGACUGGAGGUACAAAUGGGUAACACGUCAAGAACUUGAUUUUGGUUAUAACUUUUUCGGGUCAUUUGCACAUGAUCAAGAAGCUAAGACAAUCAUUUACCAAGUCCUAUUAAUCUAUAAAGGACCAAUACUGAAGUUUAAACUCGGAGGCUUUAACUUGAAAAGUUGUCCUGAUAUUGAUCACUGGAUACUCUUCUUGUCAAAGAAAAAUAUCCAGGAAUUCACCCUUCACAUAUGGUCAGGCAACAUAUAUCAUUUACCUUCUCACCUUUUUACAUUCCAGCAGCUAAGGCGUCUGGAAAUUCAUAAAUGCUUGUUUUACCCUCCGUCCGGUUUCAAAGGGUUUGAGAAGCUUAUUAAUCUUGAUUUUGAUAGAGUCACUUUUGUUCCAUCAAUAUUUAGGAAUCUGAUCUCUAAAUGCCCAUUGCUUGAACGAUUAAGGUUGCUUUGGUGCACUGACUUUGACACCCUUGAAAUUGUUGCCCCUAAUCUCAAAUUCUUUGAGUUUAGAGGAAAAUCAAAGUCCUUUUGCUUCAAGAAUGCCCCUGUGCUUAGUAAGGUUAUCCUGUCUCUCAAUUCACCAGUUUUGGCUGAUGCAUCUCCUGUUUGUUCAAAUUUUAUGAAAUUCUUCCAUUGCAUGCCUUCCCUACGGGAACUGGAUAUACGUGGUUGGUUAUUGGAGUACUUGACCAAGGGAGGUCUGCCAGAGAAUCCCCCGACUGCCCUGAACAAUGUGAAAACUCUCAAAACAGACAUGUCUUUCAGAAAUGUUGAGGAGGUUUCGGUUGCUGUUUACUUGAUUACAAGCUGCCCUAAAUUACAACAGCUUACAAUUAGAUGUCAGUCAGUGGACAACGAUGUGGAACCUGUUGUACAUUUCUUACGAGCCCAAUCAUUCUCUGGUGGUGGUGUUGUGAAGCUGCUUCAAAGAGUACAUAUGAGUACUUUUAGUGGUCUUGAGAUGGAAAUGGAAUUUGUGAGGUUUAUACUAGCAUCUGCACCAUUACUUAAGCAAAUUUUCAUUUGGAAUUAUUCAUGUUUCCUUCUUCGGCCGGGAAGACAACUGAUGAAUGAGAUAAAACAAUACCGUCGAGCAUCACCCGAUGUUGAAUUCAAAUUUGAAGAAGUUGAUGUAGAUGAUCUUGUAUGAUUGAAGUCAUGACUUUGAUUAUUAGUUGUUGUUGAUAUCGUAUGUAUUUAUCACUUUCAUUAAAUUAUCGUAAUUUGAUAAA